AUGGCAAGAUAUGACAGAGCCAUAACAGUAUUUUCUCCUGACGGUCAGCUUCUUCAAGUACAGUAUGCCCAAGAGGCAGUCAGGAAAGGGUCCCCGGUAGUGGGCAUAAGAGGACCCAACGUCAUAGUCUUAGCUGUCGAGAGGAAGUCAGUGGAGAAGUUGCAGGAUGAGAGAACGGAGAAGAAGAUAGUACCGCUGGAUGACCAUGUUUUGUUGGGUUUUGCUGGGUUGAGGGCUGAUGCAAGGGUGCUAAUUACUAGAGCUCAAAUAGAAUGUCAAUCGCACCGCUUAACGGUAGAAGACCCAGUUUCCAUAGAGUACAUAACGCGGUACAUAGCUGAGAUGAAACAGAACUACACGCAGAGCAAUGGCAGAAGACCGUUCGGUAUCUCCUGCUUGAUUGGGGGCUUUGAUUACGAUGGGAACCCUCACCUGUUCCAGACUGAACCAUCUGGGAUUUAUUAUGAGUGGAAGGCGACAUCAACAGGCAAAUACGACAAGACAGCUCGAGAGUUUCUAGAAAAAUACUACAACCCUGAAAUCGUGAGCACAGAUAAAGGAGCCACAAAGCUGGCCAUCAGAACCAUACUAGAGGUCGUGCAGUCUGGACAGAGGAAUUUGGACGUAGCAGUAUUAAAAAGAGGCCAACCAGUCACGAUGUUAGACCAGACAACAAUCAAAUGUUUUAUUUCUGAAAUCGAUAAGGAAAAGGAAGAGGCCGAUAAAAAACGUUAG